AUGCAACAAUGGUUUAAACAUGAACACUUGUACUCUGAUAGUUCAAUAUAUCAUACAUCAUUGGAAAGAAUACCUUUUUUGAAAACUGAAACUGAGCUUACUUUGUUAAAAACGUUCACUGUUAAAGCAGAGACAAGACCUGGGCAAAAAGUUUGUGUAUCCGGCAACUGUCCGAUUUUAGGAAAUUGGGAAAUAAAUGAUGCGUUUGUGCUUACCAACAUGAAUUUGACAUAUACUGAAAAUAAGUUCGUUAAUAGGAACCUACAGUUUUUAUUUAUUUUUUAAAUUAUAAACUAAUUAAAAUAGUAUAAUUUCAAAAUAUAAUGCACAGAAAAACAAUGUUUUAUAAUAGAUGGUAUGAGGAACAUUUAAUGGGCGAUUUAGAUGAAGUAUUCAUCAAAAUACAACACCUAUAUACAUAUAUAUAUAUUUUUAUUUAUGUAUUCAUUUUUUAAUUUUAUUUCAGUCAAAAAUUUUACAUAUGGAGUGGAAAAGUACAUUUGCCUACAGACAAAGAAAUAUUUUUUCGUUAUUUUAUUGCAUAUAUUUUAGAGCCUGAUGGUAAUUAUGUAAGACAAAAACAUACUUUAAUUCAAUCAUGGGAAUCACACCAGAUUCCUAGACCUAUACAAUUUAUUGAUGGUACGUUCAAUUUUUUAAUCAUUAUAAAUAGAAUCAAAGGUAAAUAUUAUGAAAAUAGACAUUUAAAUUAUUUUAGGGAGUUCUAAAUCAAGUAAUGAUAGUGUAUCACAUUGUGAUAUUUAUGGUUUACGUGAAAAACAACAAAUUAGCAAGGGGUUUUUGACUUCAGAGUGUGCUGUACAGUUUAAAUUGUAUAAUAAACCUAUUAAAUUCUGGGCACCUAAAUUGAUGGAACAUAUUGUAUGGAAAACUAAAUUAAAUUUUUAUUAUAGCAAAAGUAAAAGUACCAUAAUUAUUCAUUUUUUUCAGAAUUUGAUCAGUAUAAAGAUGACACCUGUACCUUUGUCUAAAGUAUCAGAUGAUUAUGAAGAUAAAUCUAGUGUCACUAAUUUAUCAAUUGAUAAUUCAAAUUCAUUAACGGCUGAGGAUAUUCAACAAAAUCUUGGGUGGCCAUUUGUGGAAUGUAUGGUUAGUUUGAAAAACAACAAAACAAUUUUAAAUUUGCAUAAUUGAAGUGUUCGACAUUUAGAAUAGGUCAUUUUUAUAUUUUUAAAAUAUUUCAUAAUUUUAUUUUUUAGGAUAUCCCUGGUGGUUAUAAACUGCAACUUCAAAAACAGUUUGGAACCAUGAUAACAGAAAACGGAUUUCAUUUAUUUCAAACGAGAAUUCAUAAUUUUGGUUAUAUUGUGAGAUAAAUUGAUUAAAAAUUAAUUAUUUGAAGUUUAUAAUUAUUUUAAUUUACUGAUAUAUUUUCAGGGAUAUGUUUUUAAUAUUUAUGUUCACAAUGAAUCUUCUCAAAAACCUCCUUAUUAUAUUGGAUCUACGUACAUUCUACCAAGUAAUAUGAAAUAUAGUAAUGGAGUAAUUAUGUGUCCUAUCACAAGUGUUCGUCAACAGCCAUUAGGAGAACUUGAAAGUGAAGAGUUCCAAAGUUUUAAUUUAUAUUGUAAUUUAAAAUAUGAAUUUUUUUUUUAAAUUCCAGUUCAUUAUUUAAUUAUAAAACCAACCAAGGAUAUCCACUGCAAUUUAGAAAAAAUCAAAAUUACGGAUUGGAAAAGUUCCCAAGUGACAUUGGAUAUUGGUCAUAGAGGCUUAGGCUCAUCUUUUAAACAAUUAUUGCCAGAGUGAGUUUGAACUUAAUGAUUUUAUCAAUUUCAAUAAUAAUAAUAAUUUAUUGUUAUAAAACGGGCGUGAACCUAAUUGAACAAAUAUACAAUAAAAACAAUAGGCUUUACACACGGUUAUAAGUGAUUGGAUGUAACAUUAAUACUGUUAAAAUUAUAAAUAAUGUAAUAAUAAUAUAAGAUAAAUUCGAUAGAAGAUAAUAUAAUAGAUAUCAACAAUAAUUAACAUGCGAUUUAAUUAUUUUAGAUACAUCAUCAAGAAAAAAUUCAAAGUUAGGUAUUUUUUGCAUAAUAACAUUGCUCUGGAAAAAGGUGAAUUUUUAGCAGAGUUAUUAUGAGAGGAGGAGUAGAAAAGAGUGGGUAUCUGGGAUGGUGUGAGGGAACAUUAAAGUGAAUGUGUUCAAGUAAAUAAGGAGAAUUUAUAAGGCCAUUAAUGAGGUUAUAAGCAAAAGAUAUAUCCACCGAUUCCCAUUUAGAAGCCUGUGUGGAAAAUAAGAAUGUAAACGGAUAGAUUAAUAUUUGAGGAACCGAUUUUAAAUUCUUUCGAUUGAAUCACUUUCUAAUUUAGUAUAUGGGCUUCGAAUAAUAGAAUCGUAUUCUAAAAUAGACCUUACAAGAGCCAUGUGAAGGGUUUUAAAAGAUCUAGGAUCUGAAAACAUAGAAGAGUGAAAUUUAAUAAAACCUAAUGUUUUUGAAGAUUUCUUCACGAUAACAACAUGUGUUCAUAAAAACAUAAAUCAUAUGAAAAAAUUACACCAAGGUCUUUAACAGAAGAAAAUGAGUCGAGUACGUUGUUAUUGAUACUAUAAGUACAUGUGAUUGGGUUGAGUAUUUUAUAAAAGCUCAUUGAGUUACACUUAGAUAUAUUUAAGUUCAUUGUAAGUUCAAAUUCAAUUAAUCAAAAUAUCAAGUUCGUUUUGUAAAAUGAUACAAUCGUCGAUUGAAGACACUCUUGUAAAUAAUUUUAAGUCAUUGGAAAAUAAUAGAAAUUGAGGCUUUUUAAGAAUAGAUGAAAUAUCAUUUAUAAAAAUAAAAAAUAAGAGGGGUGGCAAAUGAUCGUUCCUCAAAUACUUAGUUUUUAAAAUACAUUGUCAGUUGGAAUUAUGAAUGCAAAUUAAAAAUAAUAAUGUAUUAACUACUAAUUACUUAAUCAUAUUAUGGUAAAUUUAUCAUGGGUAUGUUUAAUAUUUUUAUGAUAAAAAAAAGAUGAAUAUACUUUCCACGUGGAUGCAGCCACUGUUGUAGGUGGGAAGUUUGGAAGGUUGUUUAUUAUAAGGAAAAUGUGUGUAUAUCUGUAAGCUACAACAAAUCAUUGUUAGAGAAAAAAAAAUUAUGAGCGGAGUUCAGUUGAUAAUGAUGUUUUGUCGAGAAUAUAUAGAUCAUAUUAAAGUAUAAUGUAUAAUAUUGAAUACAACUAAUAAGUAACUACCCAGUAAACACAUAGAUUUUGUGCAAGCAGUAAAAAUAUUUAGCUAUUCUACAAUUUUAUGUUUGUGAUUGAUUUAUAAUAAAAUAAAUAAAUUAUAAAUUAAUAAAUAAAAUAAUAAUAAAAUAAAUAAUAAAUUACAUCAAACAAAUCACGAGAUAUUGAUUGUAACUAGUUUUAAUGUGUACUUCAAUUGGUUUACAAUUACUUAGCCAAUUGUUUCUUCAAUUUUUUAAAAUAUUUUGUUUGGUAAUUUGGUGAAAUAUCAUUAUCAAAUUAAUUUUAUAUAAUGUAGUUUAAUUUGAAGUACUUAUUUACCUAUCUUUAUAAACAAUGUGGGUUUACAUGACAACAAUUAUAGUUUAAAAAAGAUUAAAAUAAUAAAAACUUAAUAGUAACAAAAAAAUAAAUAAAAACGGUUGCCAAUGACAACCUUAUUUUUAAUCUUUCAAUCUUUUUUAACCUAAAGACUAAGGCACAUUCAUUCAGCUUCUUUAUGUUUGUAUUAUGAUUUCUUUAGUUGCUCUCAUAUUCGUGAAAAUACAAUAGCCUCAUUAAAAGAAGCAGCAAAUAAAGGAGCUGAUUUUGUUGAGUUUGAUAUACAACUUACAAAAGAUUUGGUGCCCAUUAUUUACCAUGACUUUGAAGUUUCAUUAGCUACAAAAUCAAAAACUGAUGUUUUGGCUGAAGAUGUUGAAAUUAUUCAAGUUCCUUUGAAAGAUUUUUCUUUGGAACAGUUACACAAAUUAAAGGUAAAUUCUAGGAAAUAUAAUUUAUAUUAGUUGGUAUCUACUUGAAUGAUAGUUAUUUUACAGAUUUAUCAAAUUAAAGAGCCCUUAUUUUUAUCCGAAAAUUAUCUUCUAAAUGAUGUUAGAAAUGAUUAUCAACCUUUUCCAAAACUCGAGAAAGCAUUUAGGGAUGUUGAUAUAAAUGUUGGAUUUAAUGUUGAAUUGAAAUGGUCCAUGGAACUACUGGUAAAUUAUUUAUAAACUCUACAACAUAAUAAUAUGAUAUGAAUUCUAUCUAGGGUGUAGCUAAACAUUUCAUCUGGGGGAGCAAUUAAUAAUCAAAACAUGUUAGGUGUUUUUUUUUUUUAAACUAUAUUUUUUAUACAUGUCAAAUGUUUAUUAUUUUAUUCAUUAAAAGAUAUAAAAAAAUAAAUGCAUAAUUAAUAGGGGUGAGAUUUUGUCUCACACCAGAUGUCCCAAAAAAUUUCAAAAAUGCCUUUAAAGAAAUAUAAAAAUGACUUAAACAACUAAAAAAAUGUAUUACCUACAAUAACGAUUUUAAAUUUUAUUAAAAAGCUUAAAAAAAAUUAAAAAUAAAUUUCAAGUGUAUUUUAUUAUUAAAAAUAAAAAUAAAAAAAAUCUCUUACUAAAUGAUAUCAUCGGAUGUCGAUUUUACAGAUUUAAGAUUUAGUGAUUUUAAAUAUACCUUGUUAGUUUUAUCAUAGAUGCUGCCACUACCUAUGUUUAGACAUUCUAACUAUUAUUUACCAAUAAUAUAACAAGAAUUACAAGUACAUACUUUAUGAUUUGUUAAAUUUAUAUAAUAAUCCGGUUUAUGUGUAAACAUUUUAAAAUAAGAUUUCAAAUUCAUAUUUUGUAACUUUAAAAAAUGUAUUUAAAACCAUGAAUUUAAUGAAAAUAAAACUCGAAUACGUCAUUUUCACAAGAAGAAACUCUAAAAAUCUAAUAAUAUAAUAAAAAGUUUUCUUUUUAGUUUUUUAUCAAAACAUAAAAAUUAAUAGAAAUAUAAAUAUUUUUAGUGGGUACCCCUAUGAGUAAUAUACAAAUAAUAGAAUUAAUUAUCUCUGGAGAUAUUACAAUGAGUAUAUCUUCGUGGGACAAUGAUUAAUUUUGGUUUUAUGUUCGGUUGUAUUGGUUUUAUGAUAAUGUUAUUCAUUUUUUUUUUGUGAAUAACUUUUUAACAGGAAUUUUGAUCCGAUUUUUCAAGUAAGUAUAGCACUUUUUCUCAAAGGGAAUCUAACUGGGGUGUCACUCUAGGAAGGUCAUUUUUUGAUUUUCCUAGUUUUCCCAAUACAAAAAAAACGAGAAAUACAGAGUAAAAAAGGAAAAUGUACAAAAUUUAUUAUUUUCAAAUUGUAAAUAAUAUGGCCUCUUAAAACAUGUAUAAACGAACUCCGCUCAAAAUCGUUUCUCAUUAGCAAAGAUUAAUUAUUGCCUACAGAUAUAAAUUAAAUCCUCCGCUAUAUCCUUUCCUUUCCUUACUUCUCACCUACGACAGUGGCCCACCCAUUUUGGGAAGGAUGUCUAUUUGUAUAACUUUAUAUAUUUUUUUAUAUAAGUGCUAUUAAAAAAUUUUAAACUGACAUGUGUUUAUAGGAUGGAACAUUUGAACUUGAUAAUCCAUUUGACAUGAAUUUAUUUGUUGAUAUUAUACUUAAAACCACAUUUGAAAAUGCAGGGUUACGAAGUAUUGUGUAUUCUUGUUUUCAUCCUGAUGUCUGUAUUAUGUAAGUUAUAAUGAAAAUAAGUGUCUUCAUUUUUCAACUAUCGUUCAAAAAUAAAUUAUUUCAGAAUAAAUCAUAUUUAUAGCAGUACCUAUUUUUAGAAAGGAAUUAAAAAUAAUUAUUCAAAGUAAAAUUGUAUUCAUAUUCAUAUCAAUAGUAAUAAAAAUUAAAAACCAAUCAUAAAUAAUGAAUUAUACAUAUAGACGGUAAGAUGUUAGAUCAAACAAAAUAAUUUAAUUUAAUUACAAAUUUUUAUAUUUUAUUUAACGGAUUUAAAAAAUUCAUAACUUCAAAGCAUAUCACAAAAACCAUUAGCUCAUGUAGGUAAAAUCUCAUGCAAUUAUAUAGAUUAUGUAGAUUAUAUCAAUUAUAUAGAUAAUCUCACAGAUAUAAUAUUAUGUAUGGUAUUUAUAGGUUAUGUGAAUUAAAAUGUAUAAUUUUAAAUAUUGUAAUUAAAAAUGAUUGUAUUACAAUUGUAGGCUAAAAAUGAAGCAAAAUCGGUAUCCUGUUCUGUUUUUAACUCAAGGAGUUACUGUUCGGUAUCCUCCAUAUGCUGAUCCUAGGUGUCAUACAAUACAAACAGCUGUUUAUCAUUCUUCCUGUCAUGAUUUAUUAGUGAAUAUUAUUUACAUUUUUAAAUAAUAAUAUUAUCAUCUUCUUCUUUGUCUUCGAUUUUUGUACAAUACUAUUUUAUUUUUAGUUCAUUUUGAUAAGUUUUAAAAAAGGUUUGUGUUAUAUAUUUACACAAUAGUAUAAUGUAACUUAAAUUACAAAAAAAUACUGUCACUUUUUUUAAGUUAUUAUUUUUUUUUUUAUUUUACAUUUUUACAAUAUUGAUAAAAUACAAUUCGUAAAAUGUAUAUAUUUAUAAUAAGUAUUAGGGCUAAUUUUAUAAUACAUGGAUAUAUAUGUCUGGCUAGCAAAUAUUCAUAUUAUAUGAUAAUUUAGGGAGUAAACGUACACUCUGAGGAUUUGUUACGAGAUCAAACACAAAUAAACAUGGUAAAAGAGGCCGGACUUAAAUUGUUUUGUUGGGGAGAUGAGAACAAUUGCAAAGAAGUAGUCUAUAAAUUAAAGUUACUUGGAGUAAAUGCUGUUAUAUACGAUAGGUAAAUUUAUUUUAAUCAAUUAAUUAAAUUAUAAGUGCAAAUUUAUAUAAAAAUAGUUCUAUUCCAUAAUUAUGUAUAUUUUUUUGUAAAUUCUGAGUGUAGUGACAAAUGUACUGGAUUUACAAAGAUGUUUAGUUUUUUAUGAUGUGUACAAAAAUUCUACUAGAAAUUUUGCUCAUAUAUGUGCUCUAAUUCUGAAAGGAAAUAUUGUCCAAAUAGUAUUUUUUGAAGGUUAUUUUAUGAUUUUCCAAAUUGUUUUCAUAAUAUCUGAGAAAAACCAGGAUAAAACGUAAGAAAACAAGAAAUUUACGAAUAUAAUGAUGUUUUUAUUAUUAUUUCAAUUUUGUAAUUUGUUACAAGUCAAUUAAAAAUAUUCAUAGAGAUAUAAAAUUUGGGCAGAAUAGUUACAUUUGCUUUUCUAGACAUGGUAAAAUAAAAAAAAAAAUAUAAUAAAUAAUAGUUACUUGUAUUCAGUAGUUACUGUGUGGUAAAAUGGUUAGACUACACAGAAAUGAGUGAAAAUUUAACAGGUUCGUUAAAAAUCUUACUUUGUGGUAAAAAAAAAACAAUUGGGAUUAAUGUAGUAUUUUUCUUUUUUAUAGAGGAAUUUUAAUAUCAAAAUCGUUAAAUAAAAAAUUAUGUGGAACAAAUCUAAAUUUUUCAAUUUUUGGAUUCUGAGUGGAGCGAAGAAGCUUAUAAUUUUACAGAGAUGUUUAUUUUCAUUUUUAUCUGUGCGUAAUUUUUCUACUAGCUUGGAUUUCUAUGUAUAGCAUUUUUUCUGAAAGUAAAUUGGCGUGGAAAGAUACUUUCCACCUAAAGAGGUCAUUUUUCGAUUUUCUCAGGAGUUUUUCUAGAAAAUAUGAAAUACCUUGAUAAAACAUGGGAAAACCGGGAAAAAACGUAGGGAAAUUGGAAAAAUCGCUACAACAUUAAACAAAUAUUAUUUAAGUAAUGUAUAAAGCCUAUUUAACUAUUUUACUAUAAAAUGACAUAUUAAUUGUUGACAAAGCAACACUAUCAACCGAACUCCGCUCAGAAUCGUUUUUUCGAAGCAAUGGUUUAUUGUUCCUACAGGUUACAUUAAAUUAUCUAUAACAGUGGCUGCAACCGUCCCUAUUAUCUUAGGACGUCUUUUUUAUUUUAAACAUAUUUUUUUAUUGCCGAUUUAAGAAUAAUAGUGGAGUCAGAAUUGAGCUAACUGACUUAGAUUCGAAAUUUUAGCCUUUUGAAGUUCUGAUAUUAUAUGUUAUGUUAAAUUUUUUUCAUGAUUUAAUGGUAAUACAUACUUAUUGACAUCCUAGGAACGCUACGUUAAACCCGUGUUUCGAAGCAAAUUGUUGUGUAUUUUUUCCCCUUUUACGUAAACAAGGAAAAAAUGAAUAGAUUUUGGAUGUACUGAGACUCCCAAGCUAUCGCUCGCUCGGACUAUUUUAAUCGCAAAAUACCCCUAGAUUUGUUGUGCAAACUUUUCUACCAGAAAUCUUGCUGCGAUGUAUCAAGUGUAGUAGAUUUUCUAAAAGGAAAUUAUAUCUCUGUGGUAAUUUUUGGAAGAUCAUUUUUUUAUAAUUAAGCGGUUUUCAAAAAAUCUGUGAAAAACUGAAGUAAUGUCGGAUAAACGGAAAAUGUAUGGAAAUGUAAGGUAUUAGUAAAAAUAUUAUGGCAUUUUUUUGUUCUGUGUACAACUUUUCUACCAGCAAUUUUGUUCCGAUUUAAAAUAAUAGAACUUUUCUUCAAAGAUAAUCCGAUAGGGGGAGGUACUUUAGAUAAGUAAUUUUUGAUUUACCCAAGAGUUUUCACAUCAAAUGUGAAAAACCGAGAUAAAACAUGGGAAAACCUGGAAAAACGUAGGAAAUCUGGGAAAAUUGGUACAAUUUUAAACAAAUAUUAUUUAAUUAUUUAAUUAUUUAAUUACUUUAUCAUUAUAUAUAUAUAUAUUGACAAAGCAUUACUGUCAACUUCAGAACUGCAUUCAGAAUCGCUUAUUCUUUAGAAAUAGUUUAUUGUUGCUUAUAGAUAUAAAUAUACAUUAAAUUUCCGUCUAUAUCCUAUCUUCUCAACAUCUCACCUAUUACAGUGGCUGCAUCCACGUGCGAAGUAUGUCUGUCGUUUUCAUAGUAAGUAUUGAAUAUCAAAAUUGUAUUUUCUUUAAAGAUAAUGACUAUCGCAAAAAUGUUUUACCAAAAUAACAAAAAAAGUCGUCUUGGGAUAAUGUGGAUGGUUAUAGCCACUAUCAUAAGUAAUUUAAUGUAUAUCUGUUAAUAACGACCAACGAUUAACCAAUGCUAACGAAAAAACGACUAAGCGGAAUUUAAUUGAUAGUGAUACUUUGUCAACAAUUUAUAUGUCAUGUUAUAGUAAAAUAAUUAAAUAGGCUUUAUGUUUAAAUGUUUUUCAAUAAUAUUUCUUUAUUUUUGUACCAAUUUUCCCAGAUUUCCUACGUUUUUCCAGGUUUUCCCAUGUUUUAUCUCGGUUUUUUAAAUUUAUCAAGAAAAUCGAAAAAGACCUCUCUAAAGUACCUCGCUAGUGAAAUUUCUUUUUAGGAAUAUUACUAUGUAAUGAACCAAAAAAGGAAGUAAUUAGAGUAUUUUCCUUUCAGAAAAAUUGCUAUCAUUGUAAAUCGAAGCAAAAUUGCUGGUAGAAAAGUUGCUCCCAGAAAAAAUAAUAAUUCGUAAUAUUUUACUUAUAUAUUUCGUACGUUUUCCAGAUUCCCUUUUUUUUUCGAUUUUUCACAAUUGAUGAGAAAACUUCUGAGAAAAUCGAAAAAGAACCUCUCUAAAGUACAAUCUCAAGAAAAUUUCUUUUUCAGAAACUGGUUUAAAUCGUGUACAUCUGAGUAAGCUUUCUGGUAGAAAAAGUGUUCACAUAUUUAUAAAACCAAUACAAUUUUUGCUCCACUCAGAAUUUAAAAUUAAAAAAACCACACUGAAGCAGAUAUUGUUGUUUUCAGUUUAUUUUGUAUAAGUGAAUUUUCUCUCAUAUUAUCAUAAUUAAUUAACUAAGAUUCUAAAAUUUUACACCGUAAUUAGUUCACAAUUAUUUAUUUAUUUUAUUUGCAUGCAACUACAUAGAGAUUGUUUAAUAUAUUAAUCUACAUUUUAUAAAAUUGUAUAGUAGAAAUAAUAAUUGUAUUUCAUAGAUUGGAGAAAAAUGAAUUAUUAAAAACAAAACUAUCUUGUGCCAUUCAAAAGUUGGAAAUUUUUACCACUGAAAAUUAUUGCGAUCAAAAUAGAAUAAUUUUAUCAAAAAAUCAAUCACUCAAAGAAGAUCCGCAUUUACGUGAUAAUGAUGAUAGAGUUCGUUGCUUAGUAUACAUUUUACUUAUAAUUUACUUAACUUUAAUCUAUUUGACUUUUUAAAUUAGAAAAUUUAAAAAUUAAAUUAUUGUUAAAGUAAUGUUGAAGCGCAAUCAUCAGUUCACCUAUGUUUAAAAUGGUUCUCUGUGUGCUAUUUGCUUAGCAUACAACCACUUCGUUAAAAAAAUUAUAAAAUAUAUUUUUAUUUUUUAUGUUUUUUAUAAAACUAUACCAAUCAAAACAAUACCACCAAUAAUUUUAAAUUUUUCAAACAAAUAGAGUUGUUAAAAAUUGAAAAUUUUAAAUAUCAUAUUAUGAUAUUCCUAUUAUUGUAAAAACUCAUAAUAGUAGACAUAUAGAUGUUACCCUAGGCUAAUCAUUGAUGUUUAACAUUAAUAAUAAUAAUAAAAAAAUAUUUAACUUUCAUUGUUUUUUAAAUUAAUUUUAAUUCAGAAUUUGUUUCUAUAUAUGUAGGUAGGAGACAACAAUAGAUAUUUUAUAGAUUUUGGAAAGGCAACUUUUCAAAAUCAAAGUUCCUCAGCAGAAAAUUUAUUGAAUAAUUGCGUAAUACCAGAGUCCAUAUCUUCACCCGAAGCACAAAAGUAUAAACUAAUUCAUUAACUAAAUUUAUUUUAUUUUGUACAUUUUAAUAUAUUUCUAAAUAGAUACAAAUGCAUUAAUUAAACAUUUGGACCAGAUAUCAAAUCAAUUGUUUUGGAAAAAGCAAAGUAAGUAUAUUAAUAAUAUAAAAAAUGCCCAAAGGAGUUAAUCCAGAUUAACAACCUUGUACAACUCAAAUUUUGAGUCAAUAACUCAACUUAAGCUAAAUUAUAAAACAAUUUCAAAUUUGUUUAGAUUUUGAGCAGAACCAAACAUAUAUUUAAUAUUUCUGUCGGACAAUUUGUCCCAAUCAAAAAAUGUCAAAACACCCUUUCGGUUGCAUUUUGGGUGAAAUUGAAGUGAAAUGAGUGCAGUUUUUUGGUUUUCCUUGUCGUUUUCUUUGUAAUUUGGCAAAACCAAGAGAAACGGAAAAGUUUUAGGAAAUUAGUUGCGUUAUUUCAUUUCAUUUUUCUUUUCAUGUAUUAAUGAAUGAAAUUUUUAGAACUAAAAUUUGCAUGAAAUACUAGACUUAUAUUAGACUUUUCAGAUUUUUAAGCUAUGUUUAGGGAUUUUACAUUUUAUAGUUUUUCUUUGGUACUAUACUGGUAAAACUAUUUGACCAAAUAGAAAUUUAACACAAGAUUCUUUAUGAGUUGUACUUACUGAUAAAAACAAAUGAGGGUGUAAUGUAGAUUUUUAGAUUUGGAGCGUGUCAAAGGAUCCAUUGGUUUUACUAUAGUAUGCGCUUUUUAUUUUUCGUGUUUGAACAACUUUUCGAAUAGAUAACUUGCUAAGAUGAAUCGAGAAAAAUUUAAUUGGUGCAGAGGAGGUCAUUUUUUGAUUUUCUAAGGUGUUUUCAAAAUAAUUGGAAAAAACAGGAAAACAAAGAAUUGAAAAACUGCAAAUAUAUAUGGAACAUUACAGGCAUAACGGCAUAAUUCAUUGUUUUUAAUUUUUGAGAACUAUGUUUCUACUAGAAAUAUUGUUUUAAUCAAAAAAUAACAAACAUAUGGCAUUUAUUAUUUAAAAUGUUUACGAAUUAUUUUUUCUACCAGAAAUCUAGUCGGUGAGUACGAAAGUCGCUUUUAACUUAAACUUUAACUAAAAAUAUUUGGUGAGAGUGGACAGAAAUAUAGAAUAGUGAAUGAUUGUAGCAGAGAUGCGAAUGCUUAGAUAGAUGAGUGGUGUAAGGGGAGGAAAUAGGAUAAGGAAUGAGUACAUAAGAGGUGUGGCUAAGUUUGAAGAUUAUUGGGGCUUGUUGUGAGGUGAAACGAAUCAGGAACAGGAAGAAUUUCAAUGAAAAUAGAAUUAGGUGGAAAAAGGAAGAGAGGAAGACUAAAAAGGAGGGGGCUAGAUAGGAUUGAGAAUGAUAUGAGAAUGAUAAGUGUCUGGUCAAACGAUUUGGGGGAUCGGGUAGAGUGGAAUUAUAGGACAAAGGUUGCCAACCCCAAAUAGUUGGGAUGAAGGCGAAGGAGGAAAAGAAAAAGUUCCUACCUUCCAAACUUCCAACCUAUAACAUUGGCACACCCAUUAGCAGUAUCAGAUAAAUUUUUUAAUUGUAUUACUAGAAUUAGGAUCCAAUUGGGUAAUUGGGUAAUUAUAAUAAUUUGUUAAACAUUUUUAAAAUCUAUCUUAUGUAUAAAUCUUAGAAGGAUGUGAUUACUUAAAAAUAUUUUGCUUGAAAUCUCAUGUAUAAAUUAACUUAAUAUUAUGCCCUUUCGAUUUUAAAAUAAAAAUCUGCAACAAAAAUUUUCUUCAUAAUAAUAUAUAAAUUUAGAAAAAUGUUCAAUAGUUAAAUAAAAAGAUUGGUAAGGUUAUCAGUUAUUACUAACUAGCAGUCCCGACAAUGCUUUGCUAUUACUAAAUAAUAAUGUAAAUAAUAGUACAGUAAAACGCCGAUUUUCCGGACUAAUUAGAAUCCAAGAGGUGGGGAUAAUCAAAUAAUGAUUAAAAGUGUAUAAAAUUCAAAAAUCAAUGUACUUUAUUUAUAACGUUUAGCCGAUCGUGCACGGCGUUGCCCGUGACGAAUUCAAUGCUCGUGGAUUUACCCCCUUUAAAAUCCAUUAAAAGUUAGCACUAAGCUACAUAUAUUUUUAAUACUGUUUUUUGGGUUGUUUUAGUCAAAUAAAAACAUAGCGUACACUUGGCAUAUUGUACUACGAUAAAAAAAUUAAUACAUUUUAUUUACUUGUCGGAAAAAAAGGAAAUUUUUUUAUUUAUUAACUUUUUUAUCUUAAUACUAUCGGAUAAACAAUAUUUUGAGAUUUUCAGUAAAGUGUAAACGUCCUCAUUCUCAUUUUUUAAAUUAGAAUGAAAGACCAGUGUUAUUGUGUGGACAAUCUGUGCUACAAGCCAUAUUCACACCAAUGCGAUCAAAAUAAAAUAAAUGUGACGAGCGAAUUACACAAAUAAUGUUUUUAAUUUAUUUGCGAGUAACGCCACUUUUUGGUCAGAUUAUGAACAAUUUAUAGCUCUAAAAACAGUUUUAAAAAAUAAAUAUAAAAAUUUGGGAACAUUUUUUAAUGGGAAAAGUAGAAAAUCGACUUCAUUAAUGGACCUUAUGUACCUAAUCCAUUAUUUUAGUGGUCUAAAAUCAUCUUCGCAUUACUGAUUUUCUAUUGAAACCGGGUUUGGGCACAUCAGUUGAAUGAUUUCAAAGUCUAUAACGGAUAUAGGUAGAAACAAUUUGUGUAUUUUAUAAAAAUAGAUUUGAAAUCAUUAAAUAAUGUAAAAUUUAAAAUUAGAUACACUAUUAAUUAUUAUUUUUAUUUUUUAUUUCAGGUCUAAUGUUUAACAGUUGUUUUUAUUAAAAAUAUAUUACUGACUUCCAGAUAUAAUGUUAAAUAAUCAAACUUUAAAAUGCAUUUAUGUAUAUCAAACGUUCAGUAAAGUAAUGUAGGGAGUAAUUUAAAUACUAAAUAUAUUGUAAUAAUAUUUUAUCCUAUCAUUGUAAAAUAAUAAAGAAUCAUGAGACACUCGAUUUUAAUCUUUUGAGGGUAUUUAUUUACAAUGCUAUCAUAUUUAGGUUGGGUGUCAGACUUGUGGCCAUAAUAUUUCUGGAUAUGGUAUUAUAUUAUUAUUAUGUUAUAAUAAAGUGAUUUUUGUUAAAUUAUAAUUCAUAACUAUAUUACUUAUAUGUUAUUUAUAAGUACUUAGUUUACUUAGUAUUUAUAAUUGACGAAUUAAGAUUAAUUCCCCUAAUAAUAUUAAUAUUGAACGAAUUAUUCUUUCUUUAAUAUUUUAAGAUAAUAUUGAUCAUUUAAAUUCGUCUUUGGAAUGAGUAUAAAAUAAUAUGAUAAUUGACUUGUUAUUCACCACUGGGAGUAAGUCGUAAUUUCUAACCUUAUAUCCUUGUGUGGGCUCUAUCCUCGUGGAGAAAAUACCACUUCGCCUCGUAUACAAUUGGAUUUCGGCUUAUGUGCAGUUGUGUAGGCUGCAGUAUUUCCUACUGGUGCUUCGUCACUCUCAGUGGAUCAAGUACCUUUCUCUGGAUCUUGAACAACGGUGGACUAUUCUAGGUCACGUGCAAUGAUCCUUAGCGUUCACUUAUGCUGCUUACAGAAUCUCUUCCUGGAACACAGUCACUCUCGGUGAAUCCGAUACUUUUUUAAAUUUCGGAUUUUUUUAAAGUUACGAUUGUAAAAAUAGCUAUCUUUUACGGUAAAAUAAAAUAUAUAUUUAUUUGUUAAUAAUACCUUUGUUAUUAAAAUUAUUUGUGUAUAAAUUAUUAAAUAAGACAUAAGAGAUUUGUAUUAACUAAGACAAAUUAUGUUUAUCUGAUAUCAUAUUCUAUUAAAAAAUAAAGACAUUAAGGUUACAUAAUUCAAUUAUAUAUAAUUACAUGUUAUUAAUAAACCAUUUCCUUAAUGCAAAAACUUUUUAAAAUGUACAUUGUUUUGGAUUAUUGCUAAUAUUCUAAGUGGAACGAAUAAUGUAUCGGUUAUACAAUGGCGUUAUUUUAAGUUAAGUAUUUAACACUUCGAAACUGUGUGCACUCAGAUAACGAGUAUUAAUAUUUAAAUUAUGGAAACAAAAGGUUAAAUCAUUAAAAAAAAUUAAACACGAGUGACUAACUACUAAAAGUCAGACAUAGCUAUUUUCGAAAGAAGUUGGUGGUGCAUAAUUUAUAUAUACGGGGUUCUUGAAAGAGUAGUGGUCUUGUCUUGGGAUUUCUUGAACGGUCAAGACGUUUGAGUUCCUGUAAAAAAAAACCCCCGUUAUAUUUUGAUUUAAAUUCUGUAUAAAAAUAAUUAUGAGGAUACCUAGUGUAAAAGUGCGACGACGGCAGUGUCAUUUACAGACGUCUUACAUCUCUAUUUUUAUUUGACUCGCAUUAAAAUGGGAACUAGGACGGUGAACCAACGGCCGAUAAGCCGAAAACCGUGUCGAUUGCCGGCGGCCGAUGAUUUGACAACCAAAUUGUAAAUUAUUAAAUAUUAUAUUAACAAUGUAAUUUUUUUUAUCAUCAUAAAAUUUAAAUCUAAUUUUAUUAUUAAACGUAUCUUGUCGUUCAGUUGAUAAUUUUCAUUUAUUAUUCGCUUAAAGAGGUAUACACUAUGCAGGGUUUUGGAAAAAAAGAGGGAAUGGCAUUUUCUCGAAUCUAGGAUUUCUUCUAUGGAAUCUAAAAACAAAUUAGCAUACUUAACUAAAUAAUAUGUAUAAUCGUUAGGUUUACAUUGGCCGUUGUUGGUGAAAAGUUAAGAAGGUACGUUAUAGAUGUGAAUUUAAUGUACAUCUGUACAUAAUGAUUAACCAUUGUUAACGAAAAACGAUUCUGAAUGGGAUUCGGUUAUAUGUGUUUUGAAAGGUCCUACGUAUACAUGAUUUUCGUAAAAAUUUGAUAUUAAAAUUCUUAAAAAAAAAACUUCAUUAAAUUCACCUUCUUCUUUUUGAUUACAAAGCACGACUUAUAAUAAACCUUCCGUUAAUUUUUCAAGUAUUUCUGUUUUAUUUAACAAUUUUAUCCACAGAGUAUCUACUAAAAACAAAUUACGUAAAAAAUCAAAUCGCAAAAUUAUAAUGUCUAUAAAUAGUUCAAAAUUAACUAAAAUUUUUUGAAAAUAUUUCUACAUCUAGUAAAGGCAAACAUAAUUUCCUGUUCAAAUGUAGUCUAUUUAAAUGAAUCGCAACAAAAAAUAAAAUUUGAAAUAAUACAUUUUGUACAUUUUCCAGUUUCUUUACUUUUUUUCCCAAUUAUGAAAACCACAUGGAAAAUCACUAAAUGACCUUUAUGUACCACCUAGAUAAAAUUUUCUUUCAGAAAAAGUACUACACUUGGAGCAACAUUGGAGCAAUAUUUCUGGUUGAAAACUAUUAUUGUAAAACCAAUACAUUCCUCUCUCCGCUCAGAAUCUAAAAUAUCUGUGAAAAAAAAAAAAAUUAUUAUAAAUACUUUGGCAUUACAAUAGGUAGUAUCAAAUAUUUUAUUUAAAUCAACAAUAGAUUUGAUACAAUAAUAUAGAUUCACUACCAGAUUGACAAAAUCGAAUCAUGUCAUCUUCACAGUCAAUAUAUAAUAUUCUAAUGAAACCAUUAUGUGUAAAUUCAUAUUAAAUAACAAAAAUACAUUAAAUAUUAUACUGAUCAUUAGGGCUGGGAAUGAAAUUAAACCCGUUGAAACCCUAAACACGCCCUAAAAAUAAAAAUAAAUGCCUUAUAUUCUCAUUAUAACAUAUAUAAAACGAAUUGGGUUUUGAUAGAACUAUAUAUUGUCCUAUAUUUUUAUAAUAUUAAUAUUGAGGACUGCCACGUAUAGCGCAGGUGGCGAUGGUUGUAACAAUGGCGGAGAGGGGAGGAAAUGCGGUGGAGGCGGACCACAGAGGUUUGAGAAUAAAAUUUAGAUGACAGAAAUAGGCCAUUAAAAAUGUUCAAAUUUUUUUUUUUUAUACGAUCUCAUUAGUACAUGAUUACUAGUGUAAAUAUAAAAUUUAAUUUAAUAAUAUUUUUGAAUUGGAGUCAUAAUUGGGUAAACUAGACAAAUUGGUUUUUUUGUUAUUUUGAAAAUAAAAUUGCCGAUAGUUUAUUAAUUUUUUUUUUUUUUUUUUUUUUUUUGUUAUUGAAAUAUAUAAAAAAAAAAAAAAAAUGCUUGAUUGUUAAGUCACAUAUUAAGAUAAAUUUAAGUCUUAAACAACCGUUAUGAAUCAUAAAAAAUCGAACGUUUUGUGUUGUUUUUUUUUUCAAAAACUUCAUUAAAAAUUUAAUCAAUUUUACUCUAUACCUAAUAUAUGCAUUUUGUAUAUAAAGUUUUCAGCUAUAAGAAUACUUAAUUUUUUAUUGCGUCCCGUCGCAUCUGCAACGCACAAAAAUCAUAUUGUCAUAAAAAAAAUGGUGUUUUUUAAAAUUUCAGAAUUCGUAUAGAAAAUCAAUUAUCUCUGUACAAUUUAAUAACAAAAUAUGUAAAAUUUGUAUUUUAAAGUGCUAGAUGUGACGAAUGACAUAAUGAUAUAAAACCUAUUCCUUAUAGUGUAGACGAAGCUUUAACUUUUUUUGUUGAUAAUAAUUUAACAAAACAACAACACAUCAAUAUUCGGCUAUCUGCGUAGAAAAUAAAUGCCGAUAUUUAUCCUCUAUAAGAUAUUUUUAUAGUGGUCAAAGAAUAAUGUUAUUCAGACAGUGAUAUCGUUACAAAAACUUGUUGUGAGGUCAAAAUGCAAGAUAUUUUAAAUCAUGUGAAUAAAAGAUUUUUAACGUAACGUAUUUUUCUAUUGAAAAUUGUUUUCACGCCAAUUUUCUAGAAAUUAAAAUGGCUAUUACUCAGAAACUGUUGAUCCCCAUAAAACAUUACUUUUGUCAAUUUCACGGUCUAUGUCUGUCUUUGUAAAACCGUUCAUUGUGAAUAAUCUCCAAAACGUCGGUUCGAUACGAGUCUGUGCAUUCCGGUGCUGGUCUGUGAAUGUCAGUUCAGUGUAAAUCAUCCUUUAUACCAGUGUUUCUCAACCUGUUUACUGUCACGACCCCUAAAUGAAUAUUAAAUUUUUUAGCAACCCUUAUUAAAUAUAGUUAUUAAACACUGUGACCCAAUAUUUUAAAUUUUUGAAAACCUAAAUAAUUGAUUGGCGACCCCCAAAGGGGUUGCACACCCCAGGUUGAGAAACACUGCUUUGUAUGGCUGACGUCAGUCCGAUCGGUGUCUCCACUGGUGUCAAUUAUUUUCUUUAUUAGGUAUCUAUAGUGUGUAUUAUGUGGUUUGUAGCGUUCAAACAGUCGAUUGGUAUCAGUCUACGAUGUCGUGUUUGUGAGAUUCGAAAGAAAAUAAUUACAUCAAUUACCGAAUAACAAAAUAGUGUUUAAUUUUAACAAAAAUAUUUAACUUAAUGUAAUAUAUCUGUAUAUUAUAAUAUAAUCAAGCGUAAAUUUCUGACAAAAUGAACAAGUGGUCGUGGUUGAUGAUUACUAUCCUAGCUUUUAUUAAAACGGUAGGUACCAUAUUUGAGUACGUAUAACACAUAAAAACCUACCAGUAUUAGAAAAAUGUAUGUUCUUGCGAAACCUGGUAUUUUUACUUUAAAAAAAUGAAUUUCUAAUCUCCAUUCACAUAGUUUUCUUUUCUGUUUUUUGUUCACAUAGUUUAAUUAAAUAAUAUUUAAAAAAUUUAAUUUAAUAAUAUUUCAAAAAUUUAACUAAACAAUAUUUAAAAAAAAAAAUUAAUUUCUGAUCUCUAUUCACAUACUUUAAUUUAGUAAUAUUUUAAAAACUAUUUUCACAUAAACAUUGCGUUAGGAAUAGUCUUUGAAAAAUAAAUAUUAUUGUCGUUGUUCAAUUGAUUGAUUCGAUUCUAUAAUAUAUUACACAUCGUGCAUGCAAAAAAUCAUUUCUCAAAAAUAAGUAACAUUAAUAUUUCAUUAUUUUCUAUUAUUUGUUUUUCUUAAAUUAUCAAUUCUCAGAAAUUUUCUUUUUUUCUAUUUUUGUUGAAUAAUGCCUAAUAUGCACUAAGAGCUUUUUUUGUUUUGUUCAAUAUUAUAAAUAUUAUGUUUAUCUGUUCUAAAAGUAUUCUGUUUUAUAUAUUUUAAAUUUUUAUUUUUCCAACAAUUAUAGAAAUCAUUAAAACAUAAUUCAUUUUUAACCAUGGGUGUUUUCACACCUUUUGCUUUUUAAUUUUAUUUUUAUUUUCAAAUACUUUAAAUGUAUAUAGUUUAGAUCUUAAUUCAACAAAUUCAGUCAUUAUUUGGUCAUUAAGUUCAUCCUUUGAAUUUACCUGGGACUUUUUUAUUUAUUCCAUAUCUAUUAUUCUCAAGAUAAUCUGAAAAAUCAAACUCAUUUAAAAGUUGCUAAUUGUCUUUUUUUUACAUCUGUAUAAAAGUCAUCAGUUCUAAUUUUUCCUAUUUAAGAGUCUGUAUCUGUGUAUUAUAAUCUAUUAUUUUUCCAUAUUUUUUUUUUAUUACAUUAUAGAACAAAUCAUACAUCCGAAUUACAGAUAAAUCUAAAAUACACAUACCUAAAUAAAUUGGUUAUUUUAAUUCAACUACAGUGUUUUUCAUAUGUACAGCUACUAAGUGUUUUGUAAAAAUGGUUGCUCAAUCAAUAUUUGGUUUAGCAAUCCACUUUUCUAUUUUUUCCUUGCCACUAAUUAAUUUUAUAUUUUUAUGGUUUCUUAUGUUCAUGGUCCUAUCAAAUACACUGUUGUUCAUUAACUUAUAAUAAUCUUUUUUAAACUUAUUGUCUUUUUUUACUCAAAGACUUGUGUUAAAUUCUAUGAAUUGUUUCAAUCAAUCUUUUUGAUCAAACUUAAUUAUUCUAUGUAUUUUCUCUAAUUCUAAACCUAAACAUAAAUACAGCUUAGUAUUGAUAUAAUGUAGAAUAUAAUUUUUAUUAUCAUAUAGAGUUAUUGUGGCAAUUUUUUAUUAUCAUAUACAUUUUCAGUAGCCAAUCUGAAGUGAAGCUCUUCAGGAUAUAUCAAAUCUACCUUAAAAACAACCUUUUUUCUAUCCAUCUUUUAUUUUUAAAAUGUUUUCUGUAUUAAACCAAUUAGGAUUUUGUAUCCAUUUAAACAUUUUAUUCGGUAAAUAUUUACACAUUACUCAUCCAUAGAGAUUAAAUGCAUCCAAAUCUAAGAAAUAUUAUAUUUGUGUUUGUUCUUUUCUUUUUUCUUUUUUGUAUUUCUCUCCUAUAUAUUUAUUAUUUGUGUUAGAAUAUCUAAUACUAAAUUGAGAUAAACCUCCUCUUAUUCACUGUUCAAAUAUUAAAUACACAUCAAUAUCUGUUAACCGUUCUAAUUUUACACCUGUCUUUCUGAGCAUAGUGUUCCAAGCAAACCCUGGAGUUGUAUAAUAAUAGAAAGAAUCUAACUCAGAAUUUCUCUAUGAUUUUACAUUAUAUCAGUAAGUAACAUUAGAUCGUUUUUGUUAUAAAGUAUAUUAAACUCUCUCAUAUUCUUUAUUUUGAAUGUUUUUCAUAUUUUUAGGGCGUUUCCAUAUGCCUUUUUUGUAACAUGUUCACCUAUAAAAGAGCAGUGAAAUUUAUCUAUAGGAGGUAGAGAUUUUUCAUUUUAUUUUUCUAGAGUACUCCUGUAUUCAUAAGGAUACACCAAUUUUUCCUUUACUAAAUCCAAUUGUUCAGGAUAAUACUUAGAUAACGCUUUAAACUAGUAUGGUUUUAAAGUAUUAGCUAAUUUUUCUAAAGAACUAGAUAAGAACUUGAAAGAAUCAAGAAAUCUUAAUAUUAAAUGUUUAAAUGCUAAAAUGUAUGCUUCUUAAAUCAACUUUUUUAAAAAUAGGUUUUCCUUUUUCAUCUAAAACAGGGUUUUUAGUUAUUGGAACUAUUUUCUCAUAUCAUACAAUUUUUAAAAAUUAUAUAUAAUUUUCUUCACUAUAUGCAAUUGUUUUUAUAUUAUCUUUAUCAAUAUCAAACCCUUUUAUGAAUAAAUGAGCGCCAUAAUCAGAUAGAUUGUGAAAAAAUACUGGAAUAAAUCUAGAUACUAUAUAAUUUAUAUUUCAUAUAGAAUAGCAAAGCCUCUAAAUUUUCCUAUUAAAUGAUCAUAUUAUUUUAUUUUUCUCAUAUUGUCUUCAAGACCUUUAAUGAACACUUUUCUUUCUUUCUUAUUAUUCUCAAUUUUCUCUUCAUAUAUUUCAAUUUUAUUAUUAUAUUCUUUACAAUUAUGAAAAUAUUGUGCAUUUUCCCCUCCAUGCAUUUCCCAAGGAAAUGCUGAUUUUCCUUUCUUUUCAAUAAACCAAUAUUUCAUAACAACAUUAAACAUUUUGGAUUGCCAAUAUUCCAUAAUUUCAUUAAGUAUUUACUGUCUUUUCUCAAGUAUUAAUGCUAAAUCCAUCAAAGAUUUUUCACAUGUAUGACAGUUAUUUUCUUAUUCAUAUUGAGUUUCUUGUUCAUUGAUUUUUAUUAUAGGUUUUUUUACAAUUAAAUAAUUUUUUUGCAAUAUAAAGAACUUCUUUUGUUAUUUUGUUAUAAACAAUGUUUGCCACAUCUUCAUCUAAAUAUGUUACUAGAUUACUGUUACUACUAUUAAUAUUUCUAACAUUAAAACAAAAACUAACAGGUAAAUGGUUUUGAUAAGUUUUUGUGUAAGAAGUUGCAUCACAAGGUUGACAUGUAUAAAUUUUAGAAAGCAUACAUUCAAAAUUUGCGUAAUUAGCAAAAGGAACUUUAUAAGAUUGAUUAUAUUUUUCAAAUUGAUUAAUGCGUUCAGAAUAUUUUGGUAAUAUUUCUUUAGCGCAUUUAUCAUUCCUACAAUACUCUUCAUGAUCUGUUAGACUUUUCUCAGUAUAGAAGUGAGACAAACACUUGUUACAUGAAUAUUUUGAAACACAAUGUUUCGUUUUUGUGAUCUAACAAAUCUCCAUACAUUUUCAAUCAAAUAAUAAUUUUCUUUGCUUUUUUCUGUGAGGUAAAAUAAGUUAAUUUAUGUUUCUUUUUGAAUAUCACAUAUUUGUAGAGGUACUAUACUUUUAUUAUUACCAUAAGUAUACACAUUAAUAGAAAUAUUUACUCUUUUUUAAAUUUAGUAAUAUCUUUUAAUUUAACAGAAAAUUUAAUUUCUAAACUUUUAAAUACCCAUUAAAUUUAUUUUUCCAUUCUUUUUAUUGAAAACUCUUUUUUCGACUUUUAUCACUGGGUGUAAACCAGCAAGAAUUGAUCAAAGAUUAUAUUUAUUAUCUCUAUUUUCAAUGUUAAUAAUACCUUUUUUUCUAACUAUCCAAUCUGGUAGUUUAAUAUAUGAUGCUCCUCUAAGUGGAUUUUAUUUAUACAUAUUUAUAACUUUGUUAAACAUUCAAUCAGAACCCUUAGCUAUAAAUGCAUCUUCUCGAGAUUGAAUUGUUUUUUUCACAUUGUUAUAAAAUCAUUGAAAUCAGUGGAACUAAGGAAAGGUUCGCUUUCUGAUCUAAAACCUCUAUAUAAUUCCUCAUUUGAAGGUUUUUUUUUUGGUGAAUUUACAAUUUACUAUAAUACUUAUUUUAAAAUUACCUAUCUCUUUUAAAUAUUCUAACAUUUUUUUUUUUUUCAAACUUUUUUGAAUAAUUUAAAGACCGAUUGAUAUCUUUAAAUUAAUACGUAUUUUCAACAAUAAAUGAUAAAAUUGUUUUUUUAAAAGCAGACCGAUUUUCGUUAGUAAUAUCAAUAAUUUUUAAAGCAGAAGGUUUAUCCCUCUCAAAUAAACUAUCAUUCAAUUUAGCGAAUACCAUAUGUGUAAGAAUUCUAUAUUCAUAAAAUCUUCUACUAUGAUCGAUUAUUCUAGUUAGUCUAUUCUCAAUAAUAUUUUUAGAAAAUUUACAAAAAAUUCUAUGAAGUUUAAGUGCUCUCUCAUUUCUAGUUCUUCAUCACUAACCUCGAAUUCAAUUUUUGACUUAGAUAUUUCAUUAGGGAAUCUUUUAAGUAAUACUUUUUCUCCCUUAACUUUGUUUACUUCAAACGGCAUCACUCCAAUUGUUUCAUGAAUAUUUUUAAAACUAUAUUGGUUCAAUCAAUCUUGUAAAAUAUCAAUCCAUCUUUUAUACUUUUGAAUUUCAUACUAUAAUCUCGUUUUACAAUUUAAAGUUCUAUUGAGACGUUCAAUAAUUACAGAUUUCUCUUCGUUUUGUGUAUGAUAUAGUUUUAUAUUGUAUUUCUCUAACAUUUCUUUAAACUGUUUAUUUACAAACUCACUUCCUUUAUCAGUGUAAAGUAAUGUUGGAGAGUUAUGUUUCUGUAGUAUAGCUCUUUUUAUUAUUUCUUCAAAAGCUUUUGUAAAAUUUGCCCAUCUUUUUUUUUUAAGAGGUUCAGCCUAAACAAAUUUUGAAAAAGUAUCUAUAACAUUCAACAUGUAUAAAUAAACUGAAUUUUCAUUAAUAUAAUUUCUAAUUAUAACUAGGUCAACUCAUAAAUCAUCAAUACCAUGAGUUUUUAUUCUUCUUUUUUGAAAUCGAGAUCUUACUAAUUUAAGAAGCUCUUUUGCAAUACUUAGAUUGUCUUACUUUGAUAUUUGUUUAUAUUAUAUUUUUUUCUCUGUUUCUUUUCCUCUGUUUCUCUACUAUUCGUUGAGUAUUAGUUAAAAUACAUUUUAGUGUUGAAAUUCUUGAUUUUUGUCUAGCCAUUGAUGAAAUAUUUUAUUUUAAAUUUAGGUUGGAGGAAAGUUGUAGUGGAGUAUCAUUUGUUACGACGCGCGGCGUGUUAUUAAUACACCACUACUCUCCUCUAACUAAAACUUAAAAAUGGAAAAUCUCGUCAAUAGAUUGAUGGAAUCAAAAAAUUUCAACAUUAAAAUAUAUUUUAACUUAUGCUCCAUCUAUUUAUGGAAUUUUCAAUAUAGGUUGCCAUUUGUAAAUCAAAUGAAUAUACAAUGUUUACCUCUAAAAAUUUUUUGAUUGGAUCCAGAUUUUUGAUAGAAAAAUUACUUGCAAAACACAAAAUUAUAAAAAAAACUAUAUAAAUAUAUGUAUAUAAAAUUAGUACAACCAAUAGAUCCUUAUGCUCAGAAUUUAAAAUAUGAUAAUAAAUUAAUGUUUUACAGAUUCAAUUGUCUAAUUCAAUAGCUGAUGGGAACUUAUUUGAUUAUAAUUCAAACCAAGAAGAAUUUUUACAGUACUUAAGGAAAUAUCAAGAUAUACAAAAACAUACAAGUUUAGAUAAUCUAAGAAAAUUCAUUUCAAACAUCAAUUCAAGGUAUGGAUUUUUAUCGAUUUCUGUUUUUCAAAAUCAAUUUCUUGAGGUAUUACUAUAAAUUCUAAAUCCUAAGAAUAUAAAAUUAUUAGGUUGCAGUUAAUAGUGGUUAUAACAAUUUAUAAUAUUUUUUUAAUAUUAAUUUUAAUUAAUCGUAAGUCAUUUUUACUACCUCACUUGAUGUGUGUUUCUUUCCGUGUUAUUCUUUGGAAACUAACAUUAAAACUUUUUAGAAAAAAAAUUUUCUUUCAUACCGUGUCAAUAUAACAAAACAUUAUUAAUUUAAUAAACCUUGUAGUUGUUAAUAUGGUUAAAUUCCUAUUGUAUGGUAUUCCAUUUUUCAGUACAAACAAACAAACUAACACUACAUCAUUCACCUAGUGUAACAAGUAUUGUAGUCUACUUCAUUAAUAAGUAGGUACCUACCUAACAAAUGUAUUGAGCUAAUUAAAAUUAUCAAUCCAAACUUAAGACUAAAAUCAAUAUUACUUUGAGCCUAAUUUUGCCAAUUACUAACGUUGAGGAUACUUAAUUAAACAAGAUUUGUUCAUCAAUUACCUAUAAUUAUAUUUAAUAUUUAUAGUUAAUAUUUAAUUAUAUUAUAAUUAUUAUAAUAUACAUAUAAUGUAACUAAAUUAUUUAUUGUUAUUUUUUUAAUUUUGAAGAUAUUAGUAGUUUCAGAAUCAAUAAUUUCAGUAUGGCCUGCCUCUUCUUGACUGACAGUGACAGGUCUUUUAUUUUUAAAGUUUCAUAUUUUAGCUAGAUAAAAUAUACAAGAUAAAUUCAAUACCAUACAAUAGGUUGGUACUGUAUGUUAAUAGUUUAAUGAUUAUAUAUAAAACUUUAAUUUUUAUAAAUUACCUAAUUAUUAUUAAAAUAAUAAAGUAUAAACUUCUUAUUAGUUAUUACUUAUUAGUAAUAACUUAUUACUAUAUUAUUUAAGAAAUGUAGGCAUCGACGGCUAUAGAAUUUUUUUUUUUUUUGGUGCUGUUAUGUUCACAGGAAAAAAGAAGGCCGUAAUAUAUUAUAACUUAUACCUACAAUUACUAUAUUUUCCAGUUUUCCUCAGUUUUUUUUCAGUUUUUCAUAUUUGAUGAGAAAACUCUUGAGAAAACUGGGUCCAUAUGUAUAAUACACAUUUUACAAAUGUCAGCGAAUCGAUUUAUUUAUUUGAUUUUAUUUUUAAUCAAUUUCUGACUUAAGGCCUGUAUUACAAUUCUUGGUUUAAUUCAAAUUUAGCUUGUUGAGCAAAAAUAAGAGUAAAAAUAUUUAACCAAAAAAAAUUUGGGAUUGCCAUUUAAAAAAAAAAGUUGAUAUGCGCAUGCGUGAAAUGACAUGGCAUACAGAUUGUUUAAUUAAUCAAAUAAGUUAUAAAAAGUUUUUUAUGAAGCAAAAACAAACAGAAUUCAAAUAUAUUUAAAAUUUGUUAAGUUAUAGAGUGUUUCCAACAAACGAUUACACACUGUAUAUAAUAGAUCUUAAACGCAUUACUAAAAUAUCAAUGUGAACAUCCCAGCGGAGGUUUCUCUUCAUAAAAAGACCAAAUAAUUACAUAAUAUAUAAUAAUUAGGGCUGUGAAUUUGUAGGAAAAUUCUUUUUUUUUUUAACUGAUCGUAAAAUAUAGCUUUCUAAACACAUAAUUUGAAUCAUGUAAUAACAUAAUCAUUUAUGAAACUGUUAUUUUUAAUUUUUUGACAUUUUUAAUUUUUAAGAUCAUUUUUGGACUUUUCAGUCAUAUUUUCCGUUUUACUUCAAUUUCCGGUAUUUUUAAUGCAAUUCCGUCAAUUUACAUCUUUACACGUAUAUUUUUCGUUUGACACAUGCUAUACAUACGUCAAUUUUAUUUUAUAUUUUAUAUAAGCUGUAUACAGGUUAAGUAAUGAUAAGGAUUCGAUAAAAUAAGUUAUUCAAUAUUCAAAUAAAAUAGCUUUAAACACACAUUUUUUUAUACCUUCUAAUAUCUUUUUUUAUUUCUUUAAAAUCUUAUUUGUCGCAAGUUUUCUAAAUAAAAAUAUAAUUUUUUGCAACAGACAUUUCCGAUUUCAAAUUAUAUAUAUAAAUACAUUUAACAAAUUCUGAAAUAAUUUUCCAUCAUGGAGGGCGAUUAAUGGAUUUCCACCAUCGUUUGGAACUUUCUUCACCUCUAUAAAUUAUUACCAGCAAUUUGAUACUUUAGAAAUUACGCCCCUGUGAUUUGAAGUUCAAAAUCCCCUCUCUACAGAACUGGAAUAGGUGUAACACGAUUGUGCUUUUUUAUUUUUUAAUUAGUAAAAUAUUGCAAAACUAUUGCGUUUCAAAAAAUAUAAAAAUAUGGUAAAUAUGUUUAAAUAAUGUGGCACUGCACAUUUUUGCUUACCAUAUAUACAACACAAUUAAUAACUAUGCUAAAAAUUGUUUUAAAUAAUAUUUUAUAAAAAUACAUAUAUUGAAUUACGAUCGUUAUUUAUGUAUUAGUACAUUUGUACACAAAAAUAUACUACUUAAAAAAAUUAAUACAUGAUCAAAAUACUCAAAUGAAUGCAGUUAAAACACCGCGUACUAAUCAUCUUAAACAAAUUCGUCAUAUUUUCUUAAUAAAUGUAUGUUUCAUAAUAUAAGACAAAAUAUUGAGAAUAUACAGCAUAGAUGUAGUAUACCCAUUGGUUAUAUCAUGUGUUAAUCAUAAUUAGAGCUGUGAAUUUAAUGCAGUGAAAAACAUUAAAAAUGCAAUAUAAAAUGGUUUUUAAUUUAAUUUUUAUAUUUACUUUGAUAUUACUGAUAUCGAUAUUUCACAAGCCCACAAAUAACUGGCAAUAUUGCCUUAUUUGAUAAAAUCCUUAUCUUUACCUAACCCAUAUACGGUUUGUGUAAAAUAUUUUAUAAAAUGUAAAUCUAACGUAUUUACAGACUGUGUAAAAUAAAAUGUAAAAGUUGUUAAUUAACGGAAUUUUAUGAAAAAAAAUACCGGAAAAUGAACUAAAAAGGAAAAUAUGACUUAAAGAGUCCAAAAACUAACCUUUAAAAUUAAAAACGUCAAAAAAUGCAAAAUAAAAGUUUCAUAACUUAAUUUGUCGUUACAUAAUUCAAAUUAUGUAAUUCGAAAUAAUCUACGUUUCACAAUUAGCUUAAAAAAUGCACUUUUCUAGAAAUUCAUAGCCCUACUAUCAUGAUCAUGAUUUUUAGCAUAUCCAUCAAUCGUGUUUCAUAUGUGACGGGUUCUGUUUUUACUGUAAUAUACUCUCGACUAUGAAAACACGGACAAUUUUGAGGGGACUAAUAACAAGAGUAUUUAGCCUGCCCCCAAUUUUUCUUUCCCCCAGAUUUCCUUUAUAUCAUCAUAUCAUUCAAUUGUAUUAUAAAAUAUAACUUAAAGUUAUGUAUGAGACUCAAAUUAUCAAUGUUAAUAUUUAUAAAUUAAUGACAAAAACAGAGAACAAUUAAAAUGUGCCAUACGUAAUUAAAUUUUUAUUUUUAAUAUAUAAUUUGUGAAUUCAAUUUUCUUUGUACAUUGAACUAAUUCAAAUUAUAUUAUAUGUUUAGUUUAAAACGUCUUAAGACUAUUAAAGCUACAAGUUUAAAGGUUUUACCAAUAUCAAAUACAUCAACAUCAUUAGCCAUUCCAUGUUUAAUUGAAAAAACAAUGCCAAUAGUUUCGUUCAAUAAAUUUACACCAGAUUCACACGCAAUUGAUAAAUGCUCAAUGAACAGAAGUUUUUGUACUCAAAUCGAUAAUUAUCCAAGGUAAGGCCAAAAUAAAAUUAUAUAUUUAACGGCAGGUAGUUACUAAAUAGGUGUCUUCUACUAACUUUUAAUUACAUUAAAAUUAAAAUUGUUGUUUUUUAUAUUUUGCUUUUAGAGAAGACUUGCUUCGUAUCUUCAAAAGUUUCAAAUUUAGGUUGGCUACUAAAAUCUGCAGCACAGAUCCUAUGAGUGAAGUAUGUACUAUACGUGGAAUAUAGAUAAUAAUUAUUGUAUUAUACAUAUAAUAAUAUAACAACGACUUAUAGUUUAUAGCACUUAAAAUCCACAAAAAAGUUCUUAAAAAUGUCAACAAAAAAACUGAUAAAAAACACUUGAAAAAUAUUUAAUAAAAAAAAAAAAAUGAUAGAGGGGUUUAUAAUUUUCUCACUAAUGGCUCUAACUUUUAAAAUAACUUUUUCGUAGUGUUAAAAAUUCUAUUAAAUAAGAUGUAACCGUUAGAAAGGGUAUUUUUGAACUCCUUUUUCUAUUUUAUUCUUUUAAAUAUUUUAAAGUGCUUUUUCAUGAUUUUUUUUUUUUUGAUGAUUUAAGCACUUUUUUUGGUGGACUUUUAGUACUAAAACUUCCGAGCCAGGAUUCUCGAGAGAACAGUGCUUGAAUUUGAAAGUUCUUCCUUUUUAAAAAUAUUUUAGCGUAGUAUGACUAAUUUUUCAAAACCACACAAUAAUCGAUGGAGGGCUGCAAUUAAAACUUUGUUGACUCCAAAUACUAAAUUCGCCGACCUCAAAUAAUGUUUUUGUCAACAUUUUUUCCUUUAAUAAGUAAUACAUUUGGUGCUUAUAAUAUAUAGGGAAUAUGUAAUCACGUAUUAAAAUAAAAACAAACUAAAAAUGUAUAGGUUUUACUAAAUUUAAAAUAAAACUAUCGGUAUACUUAGAAGAUUAAAUUUCCUAGUUUGGGAUACUAAUCGCUAUAUCUGACUGAAUAGAUAAUGAAUAAAAUAUAUAUUGCAUUGUUUAUCUUCUUACCAAUUUUUUGUUUCCAAUAAUUCCAAGCACUGCUAUGAAACUAGAGCUUGAAAUCGCUAUCAAAUUUAACGGUUUUGGUUUCGAAUUUUAAAUACAUUUUUGAAAUUUUUUGGUUUGAGAAUUAUUUUUGGUAAAAUGGUGAUGGUGGUGAUGAAAAUGGCGGAUUUGAAAUAUGUUUAAAACUAUGCCAGAUGAGUGACAAAUUAUAGUCUAAUUUACAUUUCCCAAAUAUUGAUCGAUAAACUCGACUGGCAGAUCAGGUAAACACUAAUCCUGAAUCUAGGGAAGGAGGGGGUUUGAAUUUACAAAUUGUACUUCCCGACCAAAAUAAAAUAUAUCUUAAAUUGUAACAGAGUAUUCAUUUUUGUUUGCUAUUAUUAUUAAUUGGCAUGUCAUAGUAAUAUAAUGUUAUACUAAUCUUGGCUAUACAUAAUACUUAGAUAUAUCGGUAUACAUAGAGAAAAUAAACGUAAACAUGUUAUUCGGGUAGUUUUAGAUUCUAAGUGUAACGAAGAAUGUAUUGGUUUUACAGAAAUUUUUAUUUUUUUUUUUCUAUAUUGUGUACAAAAAUUCUUCCAGAAAUCUUACUCCAAAGUAUCGAGUAUAGUAACUUUUCUGAAAGGGAAUUUUCCUGAGGUGGUGCUUAAUAAGGUAAUUUUUUGUAAAAUAUAUUACGGUCUUUUUUUUACCCUGUAAACAACUUUUCUACCAGAAAUUUUGCUCCAAUUUACAUUGAUAGUACUUUUUUGAAAGGAAAUCUUACUGGGAAAGUACUUUGAGGAAGUCAUAUUUUGUUUUUCCCAGGAGUUUUCCCAAUAAACGAUAUAAACGUGGUUAAAACCGGGAAAACCGGGAGAAUGGACACAAUAUUAAACAAAUAUUAUCAACGAAAAUAUAUGAUGCCUAUUUAAUAAUUUCACCAUAAUUUGAAAUAAUAUAUAUUGUUAAACUCCGCUCAGGAUCGUUUUUAGUAACCAAUCGUUUACCCCUGCUUACAGAUAUAAAUUAAUUUCCCUUUUAUAUCCUACCUUCGCAACUUCUCACCAACAACAGUGGCUGUGCCCAUCAUGUGAAUAUGCCCGUCUUUUUUAAAACAUAAUCUUUCUAUUAUUUUAAAAAAAAAAAUAUUGAUCAAAUCACUACUUAUUAUUGGUAGCUACGGCUCUGUGAAUACUUAGAUGAAUCAAUCCAUUUAGUCGAUAUUCCCACAUAGAAUUCCCAAAAUAUUAUUAUUUUGUUUUGUUAUGAAAUCUGAUAUGAUUGAGAUGUUAAUUAAUAUUUUAUUCGCAAGGUUGUUUAUUAACCAAGGAAGAUUGAUUCUUCUUAAAUUGAUUGGUUGGAUAAUUUGAAACCCAGGCCGGACUGGUAUGGGUAAGGACAGGGAGCAUGUAUAAUUUGUAAAUGUAGAUUUUGGUUAAGGUUGAUAGAAAACUAUUUUGGUUUAUUAUUGAGCCUAGAGUCUAUGUAGAUAUUUAACUAAUUAUGACUAUUCGAUUUGAGUUUCUUUGAUUCUUAGCUUUGGAGUACUUGAUAAUGAUUUAUUUGUGAUGAAGAUAGCUAAUGUUUUAGAUGGGUGAACGAUAACACCAAACCAUUUUUAAAUAUGAAAAACCGCACCUCAACCACGCGGUGUCAAUAGCUGAUGUAUUGUUUUUGAUCGUCAUAGUAACUUACCGUCCAAUCUGUAUUCAAGGUACAUUAUGGCCUUUAAUAAGACCUUUUUGACUUUUUUGUGUUUUGUCUCGUAACAUCGGUUUAAAAAUGUAUUAGUCUCGGAUUGAGUUUCGAGAAAUGUUUUUAAAAUUUGUUGAUUUCGGUCUUAAGAACUGUUUUUUUUAAAGUGUUCGUUUUCAUAUUGGGUGUUAGAAAAUGACAAUAUCGCAGUUUUAAUCGUUUCUUCAAAACCAGGUUCGAGUCGUGCAAAAAAUCAACUAAAGAAUUUAAAUUUGUACCAAUUGUUCUAAAUACCAAUAAUUGUAUAAUUUUCCCUGUUGAAAAGAACACCAUAAUAUUUUGUAAAUUAUUUAGUGAAAAUUUUGUUUUAGAUGUAUGAUUUUGAACAUAGGAAUCCUAAGAUGUCUACCUUUCUUCAACCAAUGUGUGAAUCACAAGUAAGUUUUUAUAUUAUUAAUACUAUUUCUGUUAUACAUGUAUAAACUAUUCCUACUAGACGUACUAAGAAAUUCUUAAGUAUAACUUAGACAUUUUAUAAUGAAAUUAAAAACAUUAAAAUUGAAAAUAAAAAAAUUAUUCUGACUGGAGUAUUGAUAUUGAACAAUUUCUGUAAAUCGAAAUACUGAUAGUUUAACAGUAGGGUAGUGAUACUUCAUGUACUUACGUACGUUGAAUUUUUGAAAGAGUGUGGACAUUAAAUAGUUUACUUAAAUCCCUUUACAACAUCAACACUAUACAUAUAUACAAAAUCAAGAGGAAGGAAUAAAUACUGCACCAUAAUGAUUUCGUUUAUUGUCUUAUGUAUUAUUAUUGCUAACUUUUAUUCUCAAAUUAAAUUUUCCUACGAGGCAUGAUUUUCAUUUUACAUUUGGGUCUAGAUGUUUUAGAGGACAGUGUAGCUAUAGUAAACAGAAAACAUGGUCUAAUUAUUAUUAUUAUCAUUAUUACUUUAUGAUAAUUUUAAAAUACAAUUAUUUCAAGGUUCGUGAAUAACUUACGGGUUUGGGAAAAAAUAUAAAAAUAUAUAAGACCGUUACAUAUAACUUUUGUUCUUAUUGCGCUCGCAUGUAAGUAAUCCGUAGUUAGAUAUUCAAUAUUCGCAUUUUCUGACCAUUAUUAAUCACUGUUAAAGUUUCCCAUUUAUUAAUUUUUUAAUAACAAGAGAUUAUAUUUAAAUUAUUAUUGUACAAAUUUUAACUUAUAUUUAGUUUUUUGUAUUUUAUCAUACUAUAAUUUUUAAUCUUGGCAAAUCCACAUAUAAGUACCAUGGUGAAAUACUUACGGUAUUUAAUAUACUGAUUAUACUCAACAAUAUCUAUUUAAUCGAAACCAUACAUUUUCAUUUGAUAAAAAAAUUUUUUAGGCAAAAGUGAUAUAUCCAGAAGCAGGUGUUGUUAAAAAUAAUAAAUGGCGUUUUAUUGUACAAGAUCAAAAUGCUAUCAAACAAGGAAUUCGAGUGGAAACGUGUUUGUAUGUAUAUCAAAAAUAAUAACAAAUAUAAGUAAAUUGUUAUUUAAAAAUCUGAAAUAAACAAAAUUAUUUCCGUAGAAAUGACGGAGGACCAAGCAAAUUUAGCGAUAGCCUGCCAAUGGGCUACAAAACUACUUGUGUUCAAAAGUAUAUCUACAAGAAAUUGAUGGCCAUUACAGAAGGGGAAGAUAUUUAUUAUGAUACGUUUAAAUUGCCAUCGUGCUGUGCGUGCAUGUACAGUUUCGACGAAAAUUUAUUACUUUAG